AUGGUGUCGACGCUUGUGGAGAUGGGCUUCUCCGAGAUGCAGGCGAAGCAGGCUCUGCUCUUGACGGAAAGCAAUGUGGAAGCUGCUGCCGACAUGCUGCUGACCAACCCUCCACCAAUGGAGGAAGGGGCCUCCGGCUCUUCCGGCUCGGGAGCCUUGGCGCAGCUCCUGGCCGUGGGCUUCGAGGAGGCGAAGGCCAAAGUGGCCCUGGAGAUGCACCGUGGCAACGUAGAAGCUGCUGCGGAGGCGCUGCUUCAGGAACAGGAAGUGGAGGUCGAGGGCUACCAUCCCGCCGCACCAAGGACACCGCCUGAAGUUCUUGAGGUGGAGGACCACCAGCCGCCGGCUUCACCGAGGACACCGCCUGAGAUUGUCGAGGCUGGACAUGUCCCAGAGACCUCGGCGCGAGCGAGUCGAAGCCCGAGCGCAAGCCCUCCGAAGAAGCGGAGGCGUUGCGGAAGCUUGGAAGAAGACUCCAGCAGGAGUCUGGUCGACGAGGUCGGCGAACCGGUGCUCGCGCCGCCGGCGGACAGGGACGCUUCUGCAGCUGCAGCACCAGCCUCAGAAACCGCCAGCUCCCUCGGCGUGGACGCUUUCGCUCCACGGCUGGAGUUCGCCUCUGAAUCCUUUGGCCCACUGCGGCGGAAACCUGUGCGGGUUCGCCAGGACCCUGACCUUCACGCGAGGGUGCCCGAGAUGACUCGAGCCUCGGUGCCCGGCGUGGAGAGAUGGAAAGGGGAGCGAGGGCAGAAGCGGGUGCUGGACAUGCUCUCAGAUUGCUACAUGCAGGGCUUGUGGAUGCUUGGACCACCCUCUGCUCCGGCUAACAAGGAGAUCGUUCCGGCUUUCCGCCACAUCUUUGCCACCAUCCGGCCGUUGGGUGCAGAGGAUCCCAAGCGGGUUCGCAUCCUUCGCACCCUGGCAGAGGCGUGCCAAGAUUGCCAGCAGGUCCAAGCACGAGAGAUCUUGCGCAUCUUUGGGGACCUGACAGCGCAGAAUGAGACCUUCGAGUCCCAGUUGAAGUAUUCGCUGCUGAGGCAGAAGGAAGGCGCCUUGAAUCGCUUCAUCAGCAUGAAGCACGAGUGCUGCGACAAGGACCACACCGAGGUUCAGCCAUGGCAGCAGCGACCACACCUCCUCAGCGGCUACCUAGACUGUGUCGGGGACAGCUUCGGACUGGAUGGGCUUGCAGCGGCCCAGAGUGAUCGCUUCCUGCCCCAGGUCAAGGUGGAGAUCAAGAAGACGUUAAAGAAAGGCGGCCAGAAACGGCUCCUGGCUACGCUGCAGCAGGAUCUCUGCGUGCGGGAAUGGCUGCAGACAUUGUUGGCUGACAUCAACAACCAGACCUCGAACUCCGACCGGCUCAUCGACCGAAGUUGCAUCUUCAGGUGGGUGCAGGCCAACAUGACCUCCCACGAUGCACACCUCGUUUUCUACGACGAGGAGCGUGCGGAGGAGUUCCGAGGGCAGGAUCCCGAGCAGCCCAGCGUGGAGAACCAGUACCAGCCCUUUCUCAGCUGCAAAGUGCUGGUGGAAAUGCUGGUUGCAGCAAGGUUCUUGGCCUACAGAUCGCGCGACUCUGCCGAUGUGCCAGGGCUCGAACUGGAAGCGAAACCCGUUGAAGCCUUGUCAGUUGUCCUGCUCUCCCAAGCACACACGCCCGUGCAGGCUAAGGGCAACGCCCACAAGGAGGAGGGUUUGGAGUUGCUCUUGGCGGGUAAUAGCUCUGCUGUGGCAUUUCCAAGCCAAUUGAUAUGCUCCAAGGUUGCAGGUGGCAAGUGCUACGCACCGCGCCGCGGCCCUGAACGCCCGGCGCUUGUGGAGCUGUGGAAGGGCAGACGGUGCUGGGAGCCGUACAGGAUCGCGAGCAUGAUGCCGAUGGUGACCAAGGCCUUUGUCAGGGAUUUCGCGAUGGCCGGCCAGGGAAGCAGAAUGGUUGCCUCGAAGUCCCUGUGGCCACCUUUGACGGCCCUGCUCCACCGGGGCGCCGCUUCCGCUGGUCGGCAAGAGACGGCUGCCGACUUCCUUCAGCACUUCUGCGAGCUUCUACAGGUCUUUCCAGAGAGUGCCUGGGCACCGGGAAAGGCGGAGCUGCUACUGGCAGAGAUUCUGCAGGAAGAUGAUGUGAAGUCCACAUUGUCCGAGCAUCUCGUAAAGCUGCCGCUGUUCGAGGCCUUGAACACCGCCUGGGUGAACUUGCUUCCUCGCUCGCUGCGCGGGGCGGCAGCCGGAGCUCUGGCGUCGGCGCUCGCCGCGCACAGCGCCGAGGCUUCGCUAGUGCGCAUGGACAGGGCUUUGCUUUUCCAGGAUGCCCUCUACGGGGCGGCUCGAAACCAAGUGCACGCGAUGGUCGUGGCCCUGAACCCGCUUCGGGCAAGACGAACUCCAGCCUCCAUGGCACUGGAGGUCGUUCUGGAUGGCUGCCUGGCCUCUCGCGGGCCCAAGAAGCAGCCUUGCCUCGAGCUUCUCCAACCCGCCAGGUGGUUUCGCGACGGCGCCCUGCAUGCGCUACUCGUCGGCCUGAGCUUGGCCUUUGGAAGCUUGGCGACGCUGCAGGUGGGGAAGUUGGGCUCCUUUCUUUUCCGGCUGAUCCUGCGGCGCCCGAGAGGGCUGCUCCUCGGGGGGAUGAUGCUGGCGCUUUGCCAGCUGCGCCUGCGCCGCGGCGCCGCGUCGGGGGACAAAAGCUCCCCGGGGUCCCAGAGCCUUCCGGCGCUGCUUCUGAACAAGGUGGCCGGGGUGGGUCGGGCUUCGGCCAAAGCGGACGAGGCAAAGCCGGAGACGGAGAUGCAGGAGGUGACCGGUGAGGUCGCCCAGAUCUGCGCCGAGCUGACGACUCCGACGCCUCCGACUGUGGAACUCAAGGAGGUGGCUCUGGAGUCAACGCCGCGUGAUGCCGAACCGAACAGCAUGAUCCCCGCUGCAGACCUUGAGGUUCGAAGCGCCCCUGCGCUCGACAGCGAGACGGCUGUGCACAUGGAGGCAAAGCUGGGUGCUUCUGCAGAGACGGAGGGGCCUAGGACCUUUGCAAGGUACGCGCCCGUGGUGAUGACGCAGAUUGCAGGCAGAUCCGUGACACCUCACCGUGAGGGACACGCGAGCGUGCCACUGGCGCAAACGCAGGUCUAUCGCGUCAGCCACGGUGUGAUCCAACAGUCAGCGUCGCGCAAGGGCUCUUCCUACACAAUCCCGGUGGCUGUGCGCCCCAGGCAUUCCUUGCCCGGCCAGUCGGCUGGCGCUCCAGGAGGACAUGUCCCUUUCCGCCUCGCCUCCGCGGGAUCUGCUCGGAUCGUUCGUCCAGCGGUGCCACCGACGCAGGUGCGAGGCGUGGCGACACCAGUGUACAGGUCAACGGGACACCUCGCGGAGCAAAAGGCGGUGCCUCCGCCUCCCAGAGUCUUCGUCUCUGCCCCCGUGGCUGGGGCCCGGGCCGCCGCUGUGUCUGUGCAUUACAGCCCGGACGCCCAUCCGGCCUCAAAUGUGAUAGUCACGCAGUCUUGGAGCCCGCGGAAGAAGACACACCUCUGA